UUUAUCUGCACCGUCCUGCAAAGCCCACAUCAUGCAGGAGUCCUUCGCUGUCCACUGGCUGAAGGUGCUGAAGGAGCUUCUAGCUUUUGUGCUGUUCAGUUAUACGGUGCUGUUUGGUGCCUUGUUGCUGGCUGGCUGGACCACUUAUUUCCUGGUGCUUAAGUGACAGCCGUUCCUGCGCUCCAUCUGCGAAGAUAAUAGAAGAAGCUGGCAUGUCAAGCUGUAACUUGCCCUCUGAUAUUGACUUUAAUUUUUUUCCCCUUGUUUGGGGUAUUCUCUAAAACCCGCUCUCGUUUUCACCUUUUAUGUUCCCCUUUU